AUGACGCUUUUCGACCCUCCUGAAGGUCCACCACCCGGAAGUCCUCCGCGUAUGCGCUUUGAGGGCCCAUGGUUUACAACUCAACUCAUCCUAUCUGGCGGGAUUGGCAUUUUCUCAUUCCUUGUCUUCUCCUACUCCCGAACUCGUUGGCCGCUUCUAUUUGCCCCACGUACAAAGCUCAAAGGAUUUUCCCCACAUGAAGCACACGCCCACCAGGCAUUCUUCGGAUGGAUAUUACCGACCAUACGGACCUCCGAGUUUACCGUUCUCCAGAUCGUCGGGCUGGAUGCCGCCGUCCUGCUCAAUUUCUACAAAAUGGCAUUCAAGCUCUUCUCGGUUUGCGCCUUCUUCGCAGUGACUAUUCUCAUGCCUAUAAACUGGAGGCACAACAAGGAGCUCGGAGACGGCGAAGAUUGGCCCGGGGAUGAGGAUGACUGGCCUAGUCUACUCAGCAGCAGACCUGUCCGCCUUACUGCCACUGCCGUGAAUGGUACAACCAAUGGGACCCUACCAGGUUCAGACUGGCUCGACCUCAUCACCGAAGCCAAUGCAUUCCUAUCACUCUACCUUGUCUUCACCUAUCUAUUCACACUGCUCGCCCUCUACUUCAUCUACAGGAACUACCGGCGCUUCAUUCGCUCCCGGCAACUAUUCUCUCUGGAACUGGUGCAUUCCAUACCAGCCCGCACAGUCAUGGUGACAAACCUUCCGCGGCAUUUGAUGGGCGAACGACCGUUGGCAGAGUACUUCGAAAACAUGAAUCUCAGUGUCGAGAGUGUCACCGUCUGCAGGGAGGUCGGCUCGCUGAAGAAGCUUAUUGACGAGCGAACUCGUGCCCUCCUCGAGCUGGAGUCAGCGUGGACAAGCUAUGUCGGCAAUCCAAGCACCGUGGAGGAAUACGAUCCUGAAACAAGCGGUGUUGGUCCCCUCGUUGAUCUUGAAUUCGGUGCUGGCCAGCCUCAGCGUCUCGUAGUCCCCCACCGCCCUCGCCCUUCCGUCCGCCCUACUUGGUUUGGUCCCAAGGUCGAUGCGUUAGAGUACCUUGAUGCGCGGUUUAAAGAAAUCGACGAAAAAGUACGCAAGAAGCGCAUGUCCAAGUUCAAGGCCACCCAGGUUGCGUUUGUCACUUUUGAGAAGAUGUCAUCAGCCCAAGUCGCCGUUCAGGUCGCCCAUGCACCAACUCCGCUACAAUGCAAGACGUAUCCUGCUCCCGAACCUCGAGAUAUUGUGUGGAGUAACAUGACUCCGUCUCAACUCAGCAUUCAGACUCGAGAUGUCUUCGUUUUGGCGAUGAUUGUCCUCUUGUUCUUGUUCUGGUCAAUUAUCAUCACCACACUCGCGGGUCUCCUCAGUUACACUGAGAUUCAGAAGAUCCUACCCUGGCUUGCACGUCUUAUCGACAGCAACGACAAGAUUCGAGCCAUUGUGCAGAACUCGUUGCCAUCAGUGGCUAUUAUAUCUUUGAACGCCUUGCUACCAUUUUUGCUUGAGGCCUUGACAUAUCAACAAGGUUAUCGUGCCAGGAGUUGGGUCGAGUAUUCUCUGCUCAAGAAAUACUUUCUUUUCCUACUUAUCAAUGUCGUAUUCAUAUUCCUCCUCGCUUCGACCUAUCUCGAGCUGUUGUAUGAGCUGGCGAACUUCCCUGCCAAGAUUCCCGAAAAGCUUGCUAAAGCUCUGCAAGCCGGUAAAGCGCGGAACUUCUUCCUGUCUUAUGUGAUCCUGCAAGCUCUCGGUAUCAUGCCCUUACAACUCCUCAACUUGGGUGUAACCAUUCCACGAUUUUUCCAGCUGUUUAUAACAAGAACCCCUCGAGACUUUGCGGAACUCAAUGCACCACCAAUGAUCAAUUAUGGGAUCGUGUACCCUCAAUCGAUCCUCAUGUUUGUCAUCACGAUCCUCUACAGCGUCACUCAACCCCUCAUUCUUAUAUUCGGCGCGAUCUACUUCGGCAAUGCUUACGUGGUAUACAAAUACAAGUUGCUUUUUGUAUUCUACAAACCAUACGAAUCGCAGGGCCAGGCAUGGCCACUCACAUUCGUCCGAUUAAUCUGGGGCGUCAUAAUCUUCCUGCUGUUCAUGACCGGAUUUUUCAUUCUGCAAAACACUUACGCUGGCUCAAAGCUGUCCUACGUCAUCACCCUCAUGCUCGUUCCUCUUCUCAUUGGAACGGUUGUUUGGUCAUGGUAUGUCUAUGGCGCGCUCCAGCCACUGAGCGAUUUCGUGAGCCUGAGCUCUGUGCACGAAGUUGAACGGGGGGAGGAGUCUUCGGAGGUAACGAGACUUCAGGCAGAGCAUCCCGUGACCUGGUCCCAAAGUAAUCUAAGUCGUCGUCGAUAUGCCCAAAACGACGAGACUUUAUAUGUUGCUCCGGAGGACGAACGAACAGACUAUUCACAACCACCAAUGGCGAACUGGUAUUCAGGUGUUCUCAAUACCGGCAAACGCCGUUACGGCCAUCCUGCACUCAAUGGUGUGCUCCCACAGCCAUGGCUGCCGUUGAAGAAGGGACAAACCCUCUCAAACAAUGAGCACCGAGCCUCGCCGCGUUUGUCGAAGGACACGAAUGGCCAGGCGGUUGUGCUAACAUUACGCAAGCGCCCGUCAGUAAGACGGCGGACGCAAACGGAGUUUAUCCCCGCUGGCUCUUCUAAUGGACCCAGUGUUUCUUCCGACAACGUAUCGACCAGCAGCAGCAACCCGUGGCAACAUGAGCCGCGGAGGUCCUCGACUGCUCCGCUGAGCCAUCGACUGAGCUUCGACCCAGCCAGUGGGGUCAUUAAUCUACCUGAUGACGGAGAGUGGCUGCAUGACGAGAGCGAUGAGGAAGACUACGGAACACAGACGGGCGGGCUGGAAAACUCGAUAGCGUCUCUGGCCGACAUUGACCAGCCACCCGUGACUUCGAAUGGAGAAGAAGGGACGCCUGUAAGCUCCAGCCCGACUGCAUCGCCUUCGCGGCUGUCGCGAUACAGCACGUACUUUCACCACCCAGAGCGGCGGAGACAGACGAUCCCUGGAGCUUUCCCGCGGUCAUAG